AUGACUCAAGACAAGUUGCUGUACCAUGGAACUGCAUACGUUCAAGGCAACGCCUCUGGCCCGCUCGUCGCAAGCAACCUUGAGCUGAGCUUCUGGGGAGGCGUUGAUCCGCUGACAAGCGAAGUCAUAGACCAUCAUCAUCCACUAAGCGGAAAACUCCUCCAAGAUGCCAUACUAGCCAUUCCCGGUGGUCGCGGCUCUUGUUCCGGCAGUGGGGUGUUGCUAGAGCUGUUGCUAAGUGGUAGAGGGCCAAAGGGUCUGAUAUUCUCGCGAAGGGAAGACAUCCUUACUCUUGGGGUAGUAGUUGCGGAAGAGAUUUUUCACAAGUCUAUUCCGGUUGUUGUUUUAGAGACGCAAGACUUCGAAGAGCUGCUUGAUGCCAGUUACGUGCACGUUACUACGAAAGCUUUGGAUACAACUCUUGGAUACAACAUUGAGUUGUCUGAUAAAGACCAUGCGUUUCUUAACGGGCUACAUGGUCAAGCAGCUCAAGCUGCCAUGCGAAUCAUCUUACGCAUGGCCGCCAUGGAAGGAGCUUGCAAGUUAAUAGACGUCACACAAGUUCAUAUAGAUGGCUGUGUCUAUACUGGCCCGGGAUCGCUCAGCUUUGCAGAAAGACUACGUGACUGGGGAGGCAAAGUCUCGGUUCCCACCACUCUCAACUCGAUAUCCGUGGAUCAAAGGCGUUGGCGCGCUCAGGGCGUUGCAUCUACAUUUGGUGAAGCGGCGGAAAAAUUGGCCACGGCUUACACAGACAUGGGUGCACUGCCGACUUUUACCUGCGCCCCCUAUUUGCUUCCUAGCGCACCCAAGCAGGGCGAUCAAGUUGCAUGGGCGGAGUCUAAUGCCGUUGUAUAUGCUAAUAGCGUUCUGGGGGCGAAGACUAUGAAGUAUCCUGACUUUCUGGACAUAUGUAUUGCGCUGACGGGGCGCGCACCACAGGGAGGAUUGCACAUAGAGAGCAACAGGCGGGCUUCACUUUGUGUUGAGCUUCCUGUUCUUCGGGAAGAUGAUGUUGACGAUUCGCUUUAUCCGUUAUUGGGAUACUAUGUUGGUGGAAUUGCUGGGAAUCGCAUACCGGUUAUUGUAGGGCUUGACGUUCUUCAUCCCUCAACAGAUGAUCUGAAAGCAUUCGGGGCGGCAUUUGCUACCAUGGCAAGUGCUCCAAUGUUUCAUAUCGUUGGUGUGACGCCAGAAGCUGCCACACUGCAGGAUGCGACUGGCGGGAGAGACGGCAUUGAAUCCGUUCAUCUUGAUUUGAGGCAGCUCGAGUCGGUUUGGAAGACGCUCAACAGCGCACAAGACGAUUCACCUGUUGAUCUCGUCUCACUUGGAAACCCUCAUUUCUCUUUCGCCGAAAUGAGAAAACUGGCGGAUAUUUGUCGAGGGCGGGAAAAGCAUCAUCGAGUCGCUAUCAUGGUGACAUGCGGAAGAGCAACCUAUGGACUGGCAAGCCAAGCCGGACUUGUUGAAGAACUGGAACAAUUCGGAGUUCAGAUCAUUACGGACACAUGUUGGUGCAUGGUUGGAGAGCCGGUGAUUCCAAGAACUGCGAAGGUGAUCAUGACGAAUUCGGCAAAAUAUGCACAUUAUGGGCCAGGUCUUACGGGGAAGAGAUUCUACUUCGGUAGUCUUGAGAGUUGCGUUGCAGCGGCUUGUGAUGGGUGCUAUGAUAAAAGAAUACAUGGGUUCAUUGAUAGAUAUAAAGACGGAAGUGAUCCAAUAGAGAUAUAA